AGAGAGACGAAACUGGGAGAGAGUGAGAGAGAGAGAGAGAGAGAGAGAGAGAGAGAGAGAGAGAUCUCCACCGUACCCACAACUAUCCCCACCGUACCCACAACUAUCCUUACCGUACCCACAACUAUCCUUACCGUACCCACAACUAUCCCC